CCCCCGCGGCGCGGGCGCUUCCGGGGACGUGUCUGAGGGCGAUGGCGGCCGGGGCGGGCGCGGCGCCGGCCGGGGAGGCGGACGAGCUCUUCGACCUCCGCAACAACUUCUACAUCGGCGCCUACCAGGCCGCCAUCAACGAGGCGCAGCGGGCCAAGCCGGGCAGCCCCGAGCAGGAGGUGGAGAGGGACGUGUUCCUGUUCCGGGCAUACCUCGCCCAGAGGAAGUUUGGUGUGGUGCUGGACGAGCUCAAGGGCAGCUGCAGCCCCGAGCUGCAGGCAGUCAGGAUGUUUGCUCAGUUCCUGGCCAGCGAGAGCCAGAGGGACUCCAUCGUGGCCGAGCUGGACAAGAAGAUGGCCAAGAGCGUGGAGGUGGCCAACUGCACCUUCCUGCUGAUGGCAGCCUCCAUCUACCUGCACGAGCAGAACCCCGAGGCUGCCCUGCGUGCCCUGCACCAGGGGGACAGCCUGGAGUGCUUGGCCAUGAUGGUCCAGAUCCUGCUGAAGCUCGACAGGCUCGACCUGGCCAGGAAGGAGCUGAAGAAAAUGCAGGAGCAGGAUGAGGACGCGACGCUGACCCAGCUGGCCACAGCCUGGGUGAACCUGGCCUUGGGCGGGGAGAAGCUGCAGGAUGCGUUCUACACGUUCCAGGAGCUGGCGGACAGGAGCUGCCCCUCGCUGCUGCUGCUCAACGGGCAGGCGGCCGCGGCCAUGGCGCAGGGCCGCUGGGAGCAGGCCGAGGGGCUGCUGCACGAGGCGCUGGACAAGGACAGUGGGCACCCUGAGACCCUGCUGAACCUGGUGGUGCUGUCCCAGCACCUGGGCAAGGCCCCGGAGGUCACCAAUCGUUACCUGUCCCAGCUGAAAGAUGCUCACAAAAGCCAUCCCUUCAUCAAGGAGUACCAGGCCAAGGAGAACGACUUUGACCGCCUGGCCCUGCAAUAUGCACCCAGUGCCUGAGCCUGGGGCAGGGAAAAUCCCCUUUGGAACCCAAAAAAUCCCUUUGGAACCCAAAAAAACCCCCCUGGGACCCAAAAAAACCCCACUGGAACCCAAAAAAAUCCC